UCUUCAUCGAUUCGUUCCUUGCUUCCUUUAUACAUACAUCUCUCUUCCGAUUCAACCGUCUUCUGAUCUGCUAAUUCAUUAAAUCAGGAUAUAUGGGUCUCUGGACACUACUUGAGGGGUGUCUACUUAUUGCGAAUGCGCUAGCAAUAUUGAACGAGGACCGCUUUCUUGCACCUAGAGGAUGGAGCUUUCAAGAGUAUUCAGGCGUGAAGAGAAACUCCCUUAAGGGACAAAUCAUUGGUCUCAUUUAUGCAACACAGUACCUGAGAGUUUUGUUGAUAAUAUUCAACUCCCUUUCAAUUGUUGUAAAGCUGGUUUCUGGAUGAUUAUCCUAAAAGAAGAAGUUACUGAAGGCUGAAGACGAUGAUUCUGCUGGCAGAUGAACUUAUGUUAUGUAAUAGCGAUUUGAUUGCUUUAUAUUUUCAUCUAGCUUGGACAUGUUUUUGUAAGUGAAUUAAGCUGUGUUGCGUUUUGUAGCUGUGCUAGUUUUGUAAUUGCCAUAUUAUCAUAUAUUUUGUUACAAGACAAAUUCACAAUUUUGUAUUUCUAUUGAAAACUUCUGAUCAAAACAAA